AUGGCGUUGUUAGGGCUCACAAUCGAUUCUACCCACGUUCCAUUGAAGACGAGAUCGGAACUUAGGGGUGAAGCUGAGGGUAUAUUAUUCGAUGAAGAUGAAAUGACCGGUGUUAUGGUUGCUGAUGAAAGCAUGGACCGUAUUUCAAUGCAAAGAUGCAUUAUCGGGGAAGGUCAAACGUUCAAGGACGCGCUUGAGUUUAGAAGGAUGCUGAAGAAUUACUGCAUUGCGACACAAAAAGCAUGUAAGUACCAUAAGAAUGACUUGAAGAAAAUUAUAGCCGCAUGCAUCGAUAGUAGUUGUGGCUGGCGGGUUUAUGCCUCAUACCAUGUUGCAGAGUGCACAUUUGGUAUUCGUACUUGCAACUUGCAACAUACCUGCGAGUUGAGCUUCUUGCAGUCUCGGGAUCAUCCACAUGCAGAUGCAAAUUGGAUAUCGGAUGUUUAUAGAGAUAAGGUACGUACUAUGCCAUCAUAUAAGGCAUCCGACAUCCAGAUGCAUAUUCAAACUGAUUAUGGGAUUGAUGUCAAAUAUCAUAGAGCGUGGCGAGGCAAGGAAAAUGCGAUGAGGUCUAUCAAUGGAGGGGGUAGGGACAGUUACGGGAAUCUCUCCUGGUAUUGUCAUGCGUUGCGUGAGUGUAAUCCCGGCAGUAUGGUGGAUUGUGAAGUGGAAGCAGAAACACGACGUUUCCAACGCCUAUUUGUAUGCUUCAAUGCUUGCAAAAUUGGUUUUCUUAGAGGUUGCAGACCUUUAAUUUUUCUGGAUGGGACACAUUUGAAGAACAAAUACAAAGGAUGUCUACUCAGCGCAGUAACAAUAGAUGGCAACGAUGGGAUGUUCACUUUAGCCUUUUCCGCGGUAUCAGUCGAAAAUGACGAAAAUUGGGAAUGGUUUUGCUGGAGGCUAAGGUCUGCUCUUUAUGUUGAUGGUCGGUAUAAUUCGAAAGAAUAUACUUUUUUUUCGGAUAGACACUCGGGACUUCUAAAAUCUAUCCCUGUUGUAUUUCCCGGAGCCCAUCACGUAAUGCGGAGAUAUCCGAUGCACUACAAGAAACGAUGGAAAUCUGUUUUCAACAAAGCCACUUAUGCACCCCUACAGAAAGAUUUUGAGCAGCAUAUAACGUCUGUGGUGGAGGCUAUGCCACUUGCCCGAAACUUUAUUGCACAAUCGCAGCCCCAGUUAUGGGCGAAUUCUCUAUUCCAAGGGACUCGUUGGAGGAUAAUAAAUAACAAUAUAGCCGAGUCAUGGAAUAGUUGGGUAAUGUCUGUGAUGAAUGAGCGUCGGGAGAAAUCCGAGAAGAUAGGAAGUAAGUUAUGCCCUAAAUAG